GUCAGCCCAACUUUCGGCCCAUAAAUCGCGGACCACUACUCUUGGAGACGGUUCCCGAAGCCAUCUACGAUGCGGUCCGUAUGUCUCCCAUGUAUAACACGCCCACCAUUAGGACGGGCUUUGAUUCGGGCGUUUGGGGUGACGGCCGGCACAUACACGUCGCCCCUCCCACUCAUCGCAACACUCAUAUCAAUGACAAUCAAUUACUUAGAGGUGUGCCGACCAUAUCUGCCCGAACGAUGUCCGGUCCGUAUCAAAACGUGCCGUUCCCGAGGCAUAUGAUGGCCGAUCCGAUGCCCACUUAUAAGCAAAGGCCGUACAAAGAGAGACAGAUCUUGUCUGUCGAGGAAGGGGUCGACGAAAUGCGAUUCAUAGCGCCGCCAAAGAUGGUGUUCAAGAAGCCCAGAGCGGCGCCACCGCCGCCGCCCUCACCCAUGGGUGGGCCACACGUCAGGCAACCGAAGAGCAAAUUAGACACAACCGGAAGCAGCGACUCGUCUAAUGAGCAGACAUUCGCUUAUACGAGGGAUCGGCUGUUGGGCGCCGUCGAGAAAGUG